AUCCUUCAAAGCUAGCUCUUCCUCUCAUGGCUUUCUCACUCACCUUCAAACGACUUUGGUGCUUUGCCAUAGUACUAAUCUCCAUUACUACUCUUAGCCAUGCAGAACAAAGUCCGGCACAAAUCGUCGCCAAAGCAUUGCUUUGUUUCAACGAACGCAUGAUUUAUGAGAGCUGCCAAGAAGCUUACCAGCUGAACGAGAGCGGAAACAUCAACGUCCCUAGUGAGGCGGCAGACGAGUACUGUAAUGGGCCUUGCUACAGUGAAACAGAGCUCGUGCUCAACUGCGUCGAUGGCAUUUUAUCAAACUUCGUAUUCUACAACAAAGCAACGGUGCAAGAUGUUCGGAGCGUGAUAAAUGCAGGAUGCAGCGAUACUAGUGAAAGAGGUAACUUUGAUGUGGCCUCCCACAUCCAAGGUGUACACAGCCAUGCACACAAGCAUGUCCACCCCAUCUACAUGUACAUGGUGAUGGCCAUAGGAGGUGGGUACUUACUUUGAAGCUUCUAAAUGCUAUGGGCAUAAAAUUACCACAUUGAAGAGUAUAUAUAGAUCUCUGAUAAUGUAAUGACCGUGUACUAAAAUAUAGCUUAUGGCCCGCAACAUUAAGAGUAGAGAUAUCUGAUAAUGUAAUGACCAUAUGUACUAAAUAUUGCUUAUGGCCGCCUUAAUAUAUAGUGUUUUUAUAAA